UCUUGCAAGUAAUCCAUAUACAAAUUGAUCCGUUUCCUGGAUGGUGCUAACAACAGACAAUUCAUUUUAAUUUUAUAGUAUAACAUUCCUAUCUUUCUUUCAAACUUUCAAUUCAUACGGUUUCGAUUGAUUUGAUUUUAUUGUUUUGAAAGUGCAUUGAACAGCUUGAAUUUUUGCGAAUUUCCACAUUCCUGACAGUGAUAAUAAAUAGCAAGUAAUAAUAACGCGAUGGCGGAAUACACAAUUUCUCAAAAUCAGGAACAGCAAGUGAAGAAGCUAAAGAGAUUCUUGGAGGGCUCGCGCAUGGCGAUCCUACCGUUAAAGUCUGUCAUUCUGUGGGAACAGCAGUGGCAUCCGUGUGCUAUUGUUGGCUCUGUCUCCAUUCUAUAUUUUCUCAUUUGGCUUAUGGAUUUGAAUUCUCUCGCAACAUUUGCUGUUGUUGGCCUUUUCUUGAAUUUUGUAGACUUCAUAGUUCCAGUUAUUUGUAAUUCACUGUAUGGCCCCACUUCUUGGACAGGACAACAUGAGAAAAUGUAUGAAGAAGUUUGCAAAAGUAUUGUAGCGAACUACAAUAAAGGCUUGCAAAAUGUUCGCUUAUUCUAUUCUUUAAGGGAAACCAGUCCUUGUAUGUACUACAUACUUUCCAUCAGCAUGCUGGUGACAUUAGGAUGGGUGGCUUCGUCUAUCAACAAUACAUUCCUGUUGUAUAUACUGUCCACUGUCAUGCUGCUCUGGCCUGGCGUACGACAAAGGGGCAUCUUCAACACACUACUCUCUAUGGUCAAUAUGGCACCUAAAUCUGUCAAAUCCGAGUAAAACAAAGAUUUUGUUUAAUUGCGUAGCUUUUAAUAUUAAUAUGUGAUUGGUCUGGUCAUAAGUUUUAAGUUAAGCUUAGCUUAUUAUGAGCUUUAAAUUACUGUAUGUGUGAUAUACUUUAUGAGAAUAAACAGCCAAAGCCUGAAAA